CCUUCAUAGCCAUCAUCAGGAGGUAGGCAAGGUCGUGGAUGCCGCCAAUGGUAGUUGGGCGAGGUUCAGGGACAUAAUGCAGAGAAAGUACAGGUUGGGGGAUGGCUUGCUGACCACAACAGACUUGGAGGCCAUGAACAAAGAUGAUUUCUCCACGAUUGGCGCGUUUGUGCACGAGUUCAAGAGGAAGGCGAGGAAGGUGCACGGGAUCUCCGAAGAAACGCAGUGUGCCAUAUUCCUAGGCCUGCUUACUGGCUCGGAGGCCUCGGAGCUGACAGGUCACGGAGGGGGGAAUGAGAAACUCACUUGGGCCACUAUCGACAAAGGGGUGGAAGAGGGGAGCCUGGACCAGCUGGAACAGCACCAGGUGCGGCUGCAAAGGCGCAAGAAAAAGGAAAGGGACGCCACCGCAUCCAAGACCCCCCGGGUGAAGAGGAUCGUCACGGACGUAUUGGCAACACUGGGGUAUGAUAAUGAGGCGGAAGUGCAAAAGAAGGGGGUGACCGUGGCCCAAGGUCGGGCAUCUAGGGCAGUGGAGGAGGAGGCUAGGCGCGAGGACUACGGCGGAGAAGAGACGGGCUCCCAGAUCCUAACCAAGGCCCAGAGGAAGCAGCAGAAUUUACUAGUGGGGGGUCAAGGAUCAGGGAAAGGGCAGGCCCCGCAAGUGGUUGUCGCACCACCACCUGCCGCCACGACAACGUCAGCGACGGCCGGGCCGUCAUGCCUGGGGCCGCCGCUGGCUUGUGGGCAUUGGAUGCCGCAUUGUCAGCACGCGCCCUGGCCCAGCUGUAAUCACUGUACCUCCUGUGGAGGGAGUCAGACCCAUCCUGGGCAGAUGGUCCCCUAUGCGGACCCGGCGGCAAGUAUGGGGCCCCCAAGCUACCCCGCGACCCAAGGGCCAUCGGCACCCCCGACCAUGUUCAGGAUGUGGCAGGAGGGAAAAGGGCCGGCCAGAAGAGUUGAGGAGAUUGUGGGGGAUAGUGAGGAGGUCACUCAGCGACUAAAGGCGGGGACUAUAAGGGAGGAGCCAAUAGUCGUCGAGUCCGAUGACGAGGGGCAAGAAGACGAAGGAGAGCCGGCCAUAGUCUUCCUGGGGAGGAUGGAAAAUCUGCUGGAAAAGGCGGCUCGGACCAGGAGCCAAAAUAAGGCCGGACCCAGCCAAGAGCCCAAUCAAGCACCCCCUCAAAAGGAGCCUGAGCCACGACGUAGGAAGGAGGUGGUGGAGGUCCCGGAGGAAGAGGAUGAGGAUGACGACGAAGAGGAUGAGAGGCUUCGACAAGAGGAGGAUCAACGGGCGGAGCUAAGGGCCAAAAAGAGAGGAGUCCGGGAGGAGACUGAGCCAAGCCUGCCUGACAGCGUGCCUAAGAGGAAGAAGUACGCGGUCCGGAUGGAGGAAGGCUUUGAUGUGGAGCGGAUGGUGGACAAGCUCCUAGAAGGCCACAAUGACUUGAUGAACCUAAAGGACAUCCUGGCGUCGGCGCCAAGGCUCCGUGGUGAGUUGAAAGGGCGACUCUCGCGAAGGACGGAGGGGAGGCAUUGCAAUGGCCCAAGCUCGAGCGACGAGUCGGCCUUUUUUAGGAGAGGGCUUAAGCAGGGCUCCCAAAGGCGGUACAAGACCAUAGAUAAGAAGUGCCGCCCAGUUUCCGUGCUCGUCACAGAGGACGAGGAAGCCUACUACGAGCGGGAGCGAGGAUUGAUACGGUGUAUGCGGGAGCACGCAUUGGCCGGGCCGUGUCGUAUCAACGACGAGCAUGAGGGGAAGUUGAUAAUUGGGGAACUUGGUUUCCUGUCACCCCAGGAGAGGGCCCUAAUGGUGGAGACGAUGAAGAAUAGGCAUCGCGCGUAUGCGUUCAAUGACGACGAGUGUGGGAGGAUGGAUGUGGACAAGAUUUCGAUGAUCCGGAUCCACACGGUCCCACACGAGCCAUGGAAUCUAAGGGGCGCGCGGUACCCCAACCCAGAUGAAGAGAAGAUGGUGGUGGACUGCUUGGAUGGCAAGAUGCGCACGCAUGUCGCCGAUUACUCCAGCGGACCAUACGCUUCGCCUUGGUUUUGUUUUAGCAAGCCAAAUGGGACGCUAAGGAGCGUCGUGAGGGACUUUGCCAAGAAGACGAAGCAUUUAAGGAAGUUGGUGCGUCAGGAUGAGGAAUGGGUCUGGGGCGAAGACCAGGAAGAGGCGGUUGAUAGGAUGAAGGGAGAGUUCAAGGAAGGGGGCUUGGUAUUGGGAGCGCCGAAUUAUGAGGCCACGGAGGAAAGACCAUUCGUUAUCGAGACGGACGCUGGGCCAACUGCCUUGGGGGGAGUCCUGAUUCAGGGGGAUACUGAAGGGAAGGAGAGGCCGCUAAGGUCUGACUUUUCGAAGACAGCCAUGCAAAGGGGCAGGAGGGGCGCGCGGCCACGACAGAGGCCUCAGGGAGCAUCAGGAGGGGAUGACUCGUGCAGACCGUUUGAGAGGGAGUCUACGCCUGUCUUCAAUGACGAUAACAUAGAGCUCUUUCUAGACUCCUACCAGGCACAUGCGGCACGGGAGGGCUGGUCUACCUUGGAAAGGAUACUGCUUUUGAGGGGAGUUGGGCGCUUUGAGGAGCCUAUUGCACACAUUCGGGAGGAGGCGUUGACCUGGCAGGAUGUGGAGAGGAGGAUGCAGAGGCUGAGGGUUUCGUCGUUGGGACGAGAUGGGUUGCCUAUUCGAUUAGAGGAAGGCAAUGCGGAGGAGUUCAUCCCAGCCUAUAAGAAGUAUAUGCGCGACCAAGGGACUGGGCAGGAGGAGUGGAUGCAGACGCUUCCCCUCUGGACGCGGAGGGCGGAGAGGCCGUUGGCGAGGCAGAUUCGAGAUAGGGCACGAGAUGUUGGGGCCUCCAUCGGAAGCUACUACGCCACCUCCGACGCAGGCGGAGCCAGUGGAGAGCAAAGGGAGAGGACACCUACUACUGUGGCACCACAACUAACCGAGCCUACAGAUGAGCGCAUGGACAUUGAGGUGCUGACAUCCGGGGAGCCUCCGCCAGAGCCGCCGCCCGCAGAGGAGGAGAUGAGUGAGGGAGACCCACUACGAGAGGCCCAUGAGGCGUGGGCAAGGAGGCCAUCAGGGGAGACGAAAGAAGAGACCACCGCGAGAGUGCAGGUACGUCUUGAGGAGUUAUACAAGGAAAAGGUUAGGAUGGAGGCCGCAGGAGAAGCGCCGAAGCCACCGACUGACCCUCCGACGAGCGAGCAGAGGAUUAGCGAGGUUUGGGCCGGUUACGAGGAUAGGAGGAUACGUGAGGUGGCGGUCUCGUCCUUCCAGCGGUACUCUAUGCUCAGCGAUGAGUUGGCGGCCUCGAGGUUAGAGGUGGAGCAGUUAUCCACCCAGUUGGCGGAAGAGAGGGCAGAGAACCAAGCGUGGAGGUCCCGCAUGGAAGCCAAGGAGGCGGAAUGGGAGAAGAGGCUCCAGGACAUGGCGGCGAUGGUGGAGAGGCUCUCGGCCACUAAGGUGGUCGACUGGACGGAGCAGAACCGAAAUGGUAUUCAGGGGAAGGAGGUACAGGGACUCUUUGGCCAGGAAGGAACGACAGACCCGCCACAGCAAGAGGGAAUGGGGAAGGUAUUACUGGACCCAGCAGAGGCGGCAGCAAGGCGGGAGGCGGAGGAGAGGAGGUUCAGCUUCAGGACUCCCACGGAGUUGGCCUCGCAUCAGGCCACCCCUAUGACGAUUGAGACUCCUGAGGACGAGCCGGCGCAGAGACCCCAACCUCCAGUGGCGGAAGGGGGCCCCACGGAAGAGUCUCCUACAAUCCUUUUGGAGGUGCAGGAGGGCACCCUCACAGGAGCAGCAGUGUCUGCGGAGCCUGAGGCGAGGGAGGGGGAGGCAUCCCGUCUGAUAUGGAGCUGGAGAUGCCAUCAGGAGGGCCUCAGAGACAGGAGACCCUGGAGCGUGUGCCAGAGAUGAGGGAGCUGAGGACACAGUUAGGCUCUUGGGCUACUGGAGCUGACUCAGGAGAGCACAUCUCAGAGCAGGAGCAGGAGGUUAUGAGCGAGCCAGCGACUGCC